AUGUCUUCAGAUAGUCUAGCAGUCUUCCGCAAAUCCAUGAGCCGCGACCUCAACCAGCUCGCGGAGGAACACAUGCAACAUGACCUAGACCAAUCCGACCGCGACGCCCUCCGCGCCGGCGCCUCCACAGUCGCCACCCACACCUCCAUCGGCUCUCUCGUAGGAAUCGGCCUCGGCCUCUUCCUCGCCUACCGCAUUCGCGCCGGCCGCACAGCAAUGUUCAACACGUUCAAAGCCUCAGAACGGCCCACCGCUGUGCGCUUCCCGGGAGGCCGGGAGGAACCGCUGCCAGACCUCACGCCAAUGAUGAAGCCUAGUGUGUUGGGGGACGUGGCGACGUAUAUGUUCCUUGGCGCGGGGGGGCUGUUUUUUGGUGGAGAGACGGGGUUGUUGACGGGGACUUUUAGGGCGAGGCAGCAGAUUGGGGGGGAUAGGGGGAGUAGGGAGAGGAUUGAGACGGCGUUUAGACGGUUCCAAGCCGAUGCUCUGAGGAAGCAGGCGGAUGCGCUCGAUAAGAGGGAAGGGGGCGCUAUUGGUCUUUGA